CAGUGACGCUUAGCUAAUCAGCAUAUUACGUAUUACACUAACGUAUCGUACAAAGCUGGCCAUCUCUGGUAUUUUUUUAAGCCGCCAUUUUAUGCGAAAUACUAAACCGCAUCGUAUAUAUUUUUUCAAAAAUAUAACGCGUACAAGAUAAACCUCGAUAUUGUAUAUCGCGCUAAAAUGGCACACGCUGUCAUACAGAUAUUAGCGUGUUUGGCGUAUUUUCACACCAAUAUUCGCCUAUCAAAUGGAGAAGGUGUUACAUUCGGUGCGUUGCUCGGAAAAGAUACCGGAAGUCCCGGAAGCGUUUACUAUGAAAUAUUGACCCAUGCUAUGUCAGUGGUCCGGGCAAAUAGCACAUUCUUGACACAGUUUCAUAAAGAUGUAUCGGUAGUUGAAAUCGAUAGAUUCACCACUGAAGACUUAUAUCCAGCUUUAAUGCAUACAUGUGAAUUUGUCGAAAAUAAUGUGCUGUCCACCCUGAUAGUUACCGAGGAUGUGUGUAUCGACUGCGGUGAUGUAGGCGGUUUUGUCAGUCAGGCCCUCCCGGGACCAAUAUUCACAAUUGAUCCCGGCCAGAUUGGAUCGAACUCCCGUGCCCUCAAGCUGUACCCAACCCCUGAGGACAUGAGCACACUUCUGCUUGAUAUGUUGGAUUAUUUUAAGUGGCGUAAAUGGACGAUUGUUUACCAAGACAGCCAGCACAAUACAUUUGAAGACAUAAGGGUGUAUGCUUCAGAGAACAAAUUCAACAUUACUUUACGAGCUUACGAUGGCGAUGUACCAGCCUUAGCUGAGAAGAUCAAAUCCGACAAUAACCAGAACAUCCUUCUAAUGACAGAGAGCGAGGAAGCCACGCUGGAGAUCAUAAAACAAGGCAUUGAACAUGAUAUAUUCUCCAGCAAAUACACUUGGAUGUUGGCCUAUCUAGAUGUGUUUAUAGAUCGAAGUUUAGAAGAAAUUCUGGAGAAAGAAGGCGUGUACAUCACCCGUUUUAAGAUGAACUACACAACAGAAUGGCAGUACACCUACCCGUCCAUACAGAUCAACAAUCGCGAGUCACGUGAGUGGUCCAUGCGUGAGAAACUAAUGUUUGACGCGUUUAUUACUGCCGCUUAUGGCCUUAGGAGGUACCACGAACGAAAAGGAGAUAGCCAGAGUCUGAGUAACAUCUUUCCCGGUGAUAGUGUUAUUCAACCAUGUGAGGAAACUAACCCAAAUGAACGUCCACUUAGCGAACUUUUCCACGAUAUGCUAUGGUAUAACUUUGAAGGGCUAACCGGCAACAUUGCGUUCGAUGAGAUAGGCAAUCGCGUCAAUUACUCAGUGAUGGUGUACAGUGGACGAGGGAGGGCUCUCAACCAACUGAGAGGCGAAUGGGUACAGAAUCCGGCACACUGGGAACAAAGAUACAACCUACCAUUUGAAAGUGAAAACCGAUUUAAUAUCACACGUUAUUUAAAAGGAGAGGACCGUAAACUUCAGGUUGUUUCAAUUGAGGCCGCACCGUUCCUUUUCGUAAAAACAGACGGAGAAAAAGACGCGACCAACGGGCGAUUUGAAGGUUUCAUAAUGGAGCUACUAGAAGAAAUAAAGAACAGUAUAAAGCGUAUCGAGUUCAACUAUGAAGUGGAAUUGGUGCCUGACGGCAAAUAUGGACGACCUGGCAAAUAUGACAAUAUUUGGAGUGGAAUGGUCGGUGAAGUAUAUCGCGGGAAAGCAGACAUUGCUGCAGGACCGUUAACCAUUCGAGCAGAUCGUUCGGCCGCAGUGGCUUUCACUUACCCUUUCAUGGAUGCCGGAGUUAGGGCCAUGGUGCAGCAUCCGAAUCACGUGAAAGACGCUGUUUUCAACAUAUUUUACCCGUUUGCAGCUGAAGUCUGGAUCUUAAACGGAAUUCUUUUCUUUUUGGUCACCUUAAUCCUAUACCUUUGUAACUACUUCAGUCCCUACGAAUGGAGAGCUGCUGCUGAACGAGGUGAUGUAUUCGAAGAGAAUCGCGAUAACUUCAACGCAACCAACACCAUGUGGUUUCUAGGCUCGACGCUUUUCCUUCAGAGCUAUGACGCAUCUCCUCGUUCGAACUCGGGUCGAGUUAUUACCAUUUUUUGGUGGGCGUUUGUGAUUAUAAUGGUGUUCUUGUUUCUAUCUAACGCGCCUAGGUACUUGAACUUUUCUAAACAACUUACUAAGAUCCGAACCGUGUACGAGCUUGUGGACCAACUGGAAGUACAGCCAGGGUUUAUCGAGUCGAGUUCAACGUUCUUCUAUUUCAAAAAGUCUAGAGACAACACUGACAAUCAAUUGUAUAAAAUGCUUAAGAAUGCAAAUCCUAGCGGAAUAGUAGAUUCAUUGGGAGAGGGCGUUAAAAUGAUCCGUAAUUCUGGAGGAAAAUACACACUCCUAGGGGAAGCGCCGAUACUGGAAUACGAAGCUUCUAAGGAACCGUGCGAUCUGUUUGUGGGAAGCGGAACUCUGGUACAGCAAAGUUAUGCUUUGGCAGUUCGGAAAGGCUCACCUUUAGAGGAACCUAUUUCUCACGCCAUUCAGAAUUUAAGGGACAACGGUGUCAUUCAUCGGCUCGAGCUCAACUACUGGGACAGACACAGUCGUUGCGGGAACUUAACUACUUGGGAAAAACAAGGUAUCUAUUCGUAUACCGCAUACGAUUUCAGGGGUAUAUAUGCCCUUUUUUCGAUUGGAGUAAUCAUCAGUAUAUUCGUGUUUUUAAUCGAGUACAUGUGCUGUAACAGCAACCGGCGUACACGCAAGACUAAUAAUCAACAAAGGCCUAACCCAACGAAUGCCACUCACGCCAAACACAUCGACUAUGAAAUGAAGGACCCUAAAAAUCAAGAGAAGCAGUGGUUAUAAACAUAAUGCUUAACAUUAUAGAGGUUUUCUCGAAUGUUGUGCAGCAUUUUGUGAUAAAUUGAAAAAAAAAAAUAUUACAAAUAUGUGCACAUAACUAUGGACUGUAGCAUUCGAACACAUUCCAGUCUGUAACAAGCCACAUGGUUUGUGGGUCAUAGAAAAUUGGUUUGGUUUUUUUUUAAACAUAUCAUUUUAUAUAAAAUCCCCUCAAAUAAUUAUCGUCUGAUAAUUACAGAUUUUAGUGUAUAGUACCAAUUCUAAGUUCAUCAUAUAUGAAUGUAAUAAUUAUUAAGAAGGCAGAGUUUUCUGUACAGUUUUUUAUAUUUUAUCUUUUGUAUUUUCAUUUUUAAAUUGAUCAAAAUCAUGGAAACUGAGAUUUAGGCCUAUCUAGAAGAAGUGGUCAUAUGUUACCAUCCAUGGUAACUAACUUUAUGCGCUUAGGAAAUAUCGUUGUGGUUCGCUAGAAGAAGCUCUCCAAUCCUUGCAAGAAGGCGAGAUAUGCUCAGAGCUUUUGAUAGAAGUACUAGUCAUUCAACCAAAUCCCAGUUGCGGCUCCAGGGAUGGCGAAUGAAUUGAUCUUUCCUGUCUCCUCCCCCAACAACCAGUAGCAGCUCAAAGGUCUCUAACCAUAAUGUGAAAUCAUAUGAUCGAAUUAAAAUAGCUAAAAACUAAGGAACUACUAGAUUGCUCGUUGGAACACAAUAGGUAAGGGGAACAUUUCUAAACUGUCCCACUCGGACAUUGGGUCCUUGAUUGCUAAUUAAAUUCCCUCUCUGGUAAACCAGGGAACAGUGAACAUUUUCAUUGUUCCCUGGGUAAACAGUCCUGUGUCCGCAACUGCCCAGUUCAAUGCUAAACACUCUUCUGUUUUCCUUCAUAACGUUCAUCAUUGUUGUAUAUACAUGACUGCAGUUUAGUGUUAUAUUUUAUAAGUGUGCAAAUCUCUCACACCUUGAUGUUGUACCUAGAUUUAACCCUCAUAGUAAAUAGUCUCGCUUAGGGCUUUCAUAUCGGUAUUUUUUAAUAUUAAAGUUGUAAUAAAUGACAAUAAUAUUUUUAAAGAAUUUGAUGGAUUAAAUAAUAACAAUAAUUUACAAUGUCAUUUUUGUAUUUAAGCUUUAUAUUAAUUGCAAUUGUAUUUACUGUAAAUGCUGUGGCUCACUAAAUUGCAAUUUAAAAAUUCAACAUCCUCAUUAGAUACAGAAAAACACUUAGGGCCUACAAGCAUGCGUUUCUAAUGAUUGACAUCUUUUUAUCCACUCUAAAUUUUCAUAAUAAAUCAGACCAUGGCCAAUACCUAAAAUUUUGGUUUUCCAUAGUUCAGCAACUGGUAGUACUUACAUUGUUGUCCAAAAUCUAUAAGUAUACAUACGCCACGCUUUUUUAUGCAAAGCACCUGUAUAAAGCUGCUUGUUAUAAAUCGCGCAUUAACGCAACUUGUAGCCUGACGCAAGGAGCAAUACGCGUGUUGGUCGGUGUAGCUGCGGUAACGCGUCACAUCUAAAUAGCUAUAGUGUAAAUCUAUACCUUAAUAGUAAACGUAACGUAAUACCGUAAUAUUCAGACCUAUAGAAGUUGUUAAUUAAUUAUACAAACUUUAAUACUCGUAAUAAAAUCGCAAAU